AUGUUUCAAUAUUAUAGUUCAAAAGAAGAAGCCGGUGGUGGUUCCACCACCACCAAAAUGGUUCCACCACCACCAAAAUGGUUCCUGGAUUCCAUAAAUUUCGAACAUAAUCCAACAACAAGACUCACUUACUUUCAAAAAGAGAGUAUCCUAAGACCGUAUCAGUCAAGAUGUUACGCUAAGUCAAUAAAUGGAUUUAUGCUUUUCAGAUCUUACUAUUCACAGUACGGUAAAGGCCUUAAGCAAAGUCUUCUCUCACCUCUUUUAUCAAAACUAUGGAACGCACAUGAAACCGAUCAAUUACUUUGGGACCAAUUCGCGCAACAGUGUAAUGCAAUAGGGCAUGAGGGGGGUAUCUGUGAGGAUGGGACGGGUAUUUGCAAAGUGGUUUCUCUGUUCACACCGUAA